UGGGGAUUAUGAUUAUGGGCGAAGAAAUUCGGGGAAGAAAUUUACUGGGUUUCCUCCUCAUUCUUUACUCGCAAAUGGGAUUAGUGUCAACACUCGCCAACGACCAAAAAACUCCUCUCUCUCUCUCUCUCUCUCUCUCUCUCUCUCUCUCGAUUCGUUUUCCAGUUCGAAUCUAAACAGUGGGGUUUUCUUUAUAUUCUCUGAAAUGCCCAGGAUUUCAAUUUUCUCGUUCUUGCCUCUGGUAAAAGUUUGAUGGUGUUUCUCUGUAUCAUUCGUCCCUGUUCUUUGAUUUGUCUGUAAGAUUCGAGGGUUUCUGGAAAUUUUUUGUUUUUCCUCGGAAAACUUGGUGGAGAUGGGUUGUUUCUCGUGUUUCGAUUCGAAGGAAGAAGAGAAGCUGAAUCCGCGGAAGGAGUCUGAGGAUCGGAAGCAACCCCAGCCGACAGUUCCCAAUAACGUUUCUAGUUUAUCUUCCGGUGGGGAAAAGCUCAGAUCAAGGAGCAAUAGAGCAUCGAAAGGGGAGCUACCAAUUCCAAAGGAUGGUCCUGGUGGUGUACAGAUCGCUGCUCAAACGUUUACUUUCCGUGAACUAGCGGCUGCAACAAGGAAUUUCCAUCCCGACUCUUUCUUGGGCGAAGGUGGAUUUGGACGUGUCUACAAGGGACGGCUUGAGAGCACUGGUCAGGUUGUUGCUGUUAAGCAACUGGACAGGAAUGGUCUGCAAGGUAACAGAGAGUUUCUGGUGGAGGUUCUUAUGCUCAGUCUUCUUCAUCAUCCAAACUUAGUGAACCUGAUCGGUUAUUGUGCUGACGGUGAUCAACGUCUCCUUGUCUACGAAUUUAUGCCCUUGGGGUCAUUGGAAGAUCACCUUCAUGAUCUUCCGCCAGAUAAGGAACCACUCGAUUGGAACACGAGAAUGAAGAUAGCUGCUGGCGCGGCGAAAGGGCUGGAAUUCCUGCAUGAUAAGGCCAACCCUCCAGUUAUCUACAGAGAUUUCAAGUCCUCAAACAUAUUGUUGUAUGAGGGUUUCUGCCCGAAGCUAUCGGAUUUCGGGCUUGCUAAACUCGGACCGACGGGGGACAAAUCUCAUGUCUCCACGAGAGUUAUGGGCACUUACGGUUAUUGUGCUCCCGAAUACGCCAUGACAGGACAGUUAACGGUUAAGUCGGAUGUUUACAGCUUCGGUGUAGUUUUCUUGGAGCUGAUUACUGGACGGCAAGCUAUAGACAGCACAAAGCCUCAUGGAGAGCAGAACCUUGUGGCUUGGGCGAGACCACUGUUCAACGAUAGGCGAAAGUUCAUAAAACUGGCGGAUCCUCGGCUGCAAGGGCGGUUUCCGAUGCGUGGACUCUACCAAGCUCUAGCCGUGGCAUCGAUGUGCAUCCAAGAGCAGGCGGCUACCCGCCCUCUCAUAGGAGAUGUGGUCACUGCCCUCUCGUAUCUCGCAAACCAAGGCUACGACCCUAACAGAGACGAGAGGAGAAGCCGGGAUGAACGAGGGGGCAAGCUACUGUCGAAGAACGACGAAGGAGGAGGGUCGGGGAGGAGAUUCGAUCUGAGCGGCUCCGAGAAGGACGAUUCCCCGAGAGAGACGGCUAGGAUAUUGAACAGAGAUGUCGACAGGGAACGGGCCGUGGCGGAAGCCAAGAUGUGGGGAGAGAAUUUGCGGGAGAAACGAAGGCAGAGCGCACAAGGAACAUCGGAUAGCAGCAACGGGUAGUGUCGUUUUUUCGCUAUCCGAUCUUCUUGAUCUAACUUUUUCCUUUUCGGGCAUUGAUCGAAUCUGAAACACAGAAACAACGGAGAAGAAGAUGAUGAACAUCGAUCCGAGAAUGUACAUUAUGUGAUGCUGCUAUACAAAAAAAAAACGGAAACUGUGAUUCAAAAACCUUGUAUGUUCUAAAAGGCCCAAUGAUUUGGAUGCGUAUUUAUCAUGGGCCGUUAAAAGGCCUAGUAUCAUGGGCCGUUAAAAGGCCCAGUACUGCUCGCUC